AUGCAGCACGUUUUCACGCUCUUCGUUUUAGCUUUGUUACAACUAUGUCGAGCAGAAAUCCCAAAGGCAUUACCAGUAUGGUAUGCGGCAAAUCUAAUAAACGAUGCAGGAUACCAACUAAAACCACUUACUGAGAUAUUUGAAACGCAACCAACGUCGAAGAAUCCCAUUGUUACAUCGACGUCAUCCACUACGGAGGCAAAGGAAAUGCUUGCAAUUUCACCAGCUAGCACUACUCGAACAACUGAAUUGGAGUCAUCCCCAUCUUCCGAAGAUACUACAAAGCGAGUUAUACCAUUACGAGAAAGUUCUUCAACAUCAGCCGAACCGAUUAGAGAACAAAGGCAGAUAUAUCAGCUACAACCAUUACAGUUUUUACCACCCCUACCGUCUCUUCCAAUCCCAACGUCACAGCAACAAGCUAGCCCGCAGACGACUGGACUACCUAAAUACUUCCUCCUAUAUCAACAAGCGCCGGUAUCAAUACAACAAUACCCCCAAUCUGCUUCGCCAUCUAUAUCAAAUCCACAACCACCAAGCCAAACUACGAGACAGGUAACAGCACAAGAAACGACUCCAAAGUUAGCUCAACAAACUAAUGAAUUUACUCAAGAAGAAACACCAUCGACAAGGAUUUCAACUACACAAACAACAAUUUUGCCUUCAUCUGCCUUUACAGACGUGCCGAAAAAUAUUUUGGCAAGACAAGGGCCAUUUAUAAAUUCUACUCCAACACUUGUACCAUUGGUUGGGACUUGGCAGGACCCAAUUACUCCCUCAAGACCGGCACAUUCUAGUCCUGCAAUCAGUUCGACUACUCCCUCUAGUAGUACUAUGCUGCCAUAUGCCAACAUAAAUUUCACUGAGAGAAAUCCUAGGCCAAAUAUAACUACAGUCCCACGACCAAAACAGAGUGGGAAUACAAUGUCAGCUCUUACGAUACGUGUUAAAGCGCCUAGAGGUUCAAUCACAAAUAUAAAAAUUAAUCCCACAACCACAACAAGGAAACCUUCAUCACGUCGAUCACAGCGCAGGAAAGGAAAUAAUUAUAAUAACUGCGUAGAUUCUUGUAGAGGAAAGAAAGAACCGAUUUGUGCUGCUCCUUUAGCGGUCAUACCGAUAGACUCAAACAGUUUGAAGGGUUUCCCUUCGAUUUGCCAUUUGGCUUGUCAUAACUCGUUUAGGAAAAAUCAGCCGUUUGAAAAGAUCAUGGAUGGACGUUGCAGUAAACUGCGCACGCGCAUCCGAACAUUCGACAAGAACAAGUUGAACAGGGAAGAAAUGAAUAAGGCGCAAUACACGAUACUAAGUAACAGUCCAGAAACUGUUGUUCAAGUUAUACAGAACGAUAGAAGUGGUUGA